AUGCUUAAUCAUGAAAUGAUACAAUUGUUUGACUAUAAAAAAGGUGAAGAAAAAAAUUCUUAUCAAUUGAUUGACAAAAGAUUAACUUGCGUUUAUUAUCUACCAAUAAAAGUUUUUUAUAAUCAAUGUGUUCUUCCAACAAUGAUGUGUUCCAUUCCAUUGAUAAGAUAUAUAUUUAUUCGUGAAAAAAUUGAAAUAAUUCAUGGUCAUUCAGCUUUCUCAGCUCUUGCUCAUGAAGGAAUGCUUGUUGGUCGUUUAAUGGGCUUGAAAACAGUAUUUACAGAUCAUUCAUUAUUUGGUUUUGCUGAUGCAUCAGCAGUAUUAACAAAUAAAUGUUUAGAAAUAUCACUUGCUGAUUGUAAUCAUUGUAUAUGUGUAUCACAUACUGGAAAAGAAAAUACUGUAUUACGUGCUAAAGUUAAAAAAGAACGUGUGUCUGUUAUACCAAAUGCUGUUGAUACAACAUUAUUUACACCAGAUAUUAGUAAAAGAAAUAAAAAUAAUAAUAUAACAAUUGUUGUUGUAUCAAGAUUAGUUUAUCGUAAAGGUGUUGAUUUAUUAGCACGUAUUAUACCAAUAAUAUGUCAACGUUUUGAUAAUGUACAAUUUUUAAUUGGUGGUGAUGGACCAAAACGUUGGCUUAUUGAAGAAAUAAGAGAAAGAAAUUUAUUACAACAUCGUGUUACAUUACUUGGUAGUUUAGAACAUUCACAAGUACGUCAUGUAUUAAAUAAAGGACAUAUAUUUUUAAAUACAAGUUUAACUGAAGCAUAUUGUAUGGCUAUUGUUGAAGCAGCAUCAUGUGGUUUACAAGUUGUAUCAACAAAAGUUGGUGGUAUACCAGAAGUAUUACCACCAGAAUUAAUUUAUCUUGUUGAGCCAAAUGUUGAAGCAUUAAUUGAUGGUUUAGAAAAUGCAAUUAAUGAUUUUACUUGUGAUAAUAUUAUAUCACCAAUUGAUGUACAUAAAAAAGUUGUAUCAUUUUAUAAUUGGUUUGAUGUUACUAAAAGAACUGAAAUUGUUUAUGAUGCUGUACAAAGAGAGGAUAAAAAAAUACUUGGCAUGCAACUUAAUAGUUAUUUAUCAAGUGGUGUUUUACCAUAUUUACUUGUUGUAUCAUUUUGUUUUAUUAUUUUAAUGCUGCUGGAAUAUUUUGUUCCAAGAAAGUACAUUGAUAUUGCCAAAGAUUACAACAAAACCAAAUGUCGACCAAUUACCACCAAAAAACAAGACCUAGAGCUACAAAGAUGAAAGCAAUCAUUUUUCAAUAUACAUUUUACUAUUAUUGAAAACUGUUAAUUAAUUUAAUUGUUGCUUCAUUAGAAAAUUUUACGUGCUGCUAUGUUUAUUUUGAAUUUAUUAUUGAAAAUGUUAAAAAAAUAAAAAUAAAAGAAAGACAAUAAGCUUUUUAAAAACAGUAUUUCCAUGAUUCAUUUUCAAGUGAAUCAAUCAGUCAAUAAUUAUGUAUACAAA